AAUCAAAGCAUCGCAGAGUAGAUUUUAUCUGACUAAAUGUUUUGUGUGGAAGCUAAGGGAGCAAACUCCAAUUCAUUUGUUUCUUUGGUGAUCGUUCUUGCACUUCUUGACAACACAUGGGACUCUCUUAAUUGGAAAGUUAUUACCAUGCCUAUCAAAUCCCCAAAAGAUUUGGCAGCAUUACAGAAGAACCCUUCUGCUGUUCGGAAUAUCUGCAUUUUGGCUCAUGUUGAUCAUGGAAAAACUACAUUGGCAGAUGCUCUUGUGGCUAGCAAUGGAAUAAUUUCUCAGAGAAUGGCUGGCAAGAUGCGGUACAUGGACAGCAGAGAGGAUGAGCAAACCCGUGGCAUUACUAUGAAGUCAAGUGCAAUAUCUCUUUUCUAUGAGCAAGAUCAAGUCCAGUUCCUAGUAAACUUGAUAGAUUCACCAGGACAUGUAGACUUCUCUAGUGAGGUUUCGACUGCUGUGCGCCUCUGUGAUGGAGCUAUCCUCAUCGUUGAUGUUGUUGAGGGUGUUUCACCUCAGACUCAUGCUGUGCUCAGACAGGUGUGGCUGGAGAACAUUCGCCCAAUACUGGUGCUAAAUAAAAUGGAUCGUCUGAUUACUGAGAUGAAAAUGACACCUCUUGAGGCAUUUUAUCAUCUACAGCAGAUUCUUGUUGAGGUUAAUCUGUUGACAAAUCAAUUGUUCACAUCAGAUGCUAUGGAAAGGACCUCAGCACAAGCCGCUGCUCAAAGCACUGAAGAGGAACAGAAGGCCUAUGACUGGACAACUAUUGAAGAUGAAGACGACGAAAAAAAUAUCUUCUUUUCACCUGAUCGAGGCAACGUUAUAUUUGCUAGUGCUUUAGAUGGCUGGGGAUUUACCAUUAACCAUUUUGCAGAGAUGUAUGCAGUCAAGCUUAAUAUUAACAAGGCCGCUUUACAGAAAACAUUAUGGGGGGACUACUUUGUCAACAUGAAAGCUCAGCGUGUAGUUAAAGGUGCUCAGUCCAAAGGAAAGAAGCCGUUGUUUGUACAGUUUGUUUUGGAGAAUAUCUGGGCCAUGUAUGAUGCUAUUGUGGAGAAAAGAGAUAAGGAGAUGACUGAAAAGAUAAUUAAAUCACUUGGUCUCAAAGUGGCACCUCGAGAUAUGAAACACUCAGACUCACGAGUACAGCUGCAGGCUAUUGCAGCUCAAUGGCUUCCAGUUUCUAAUGCAGUUUUAGCUGUUGUGGCAGAACAGUUACCGUCACCCCUUCAGAUGUCAGAAGAAAGGGUUGAAAAACUAAUGUGCAGCCAAAACCGCCAGUUUGACUCCUUUCCACCUCAGACUAGACAGCUAAAAAUGGAUUUCUUGGCAUGUUCUUCUGAAGAUGAUGCCCCUGUUAUUAUUUAUGUAUCGAAAAUGUUUCCUGUCGAGAGGAAAAGUCUACCUCAAAACAAACCAAAGCCUCUUACAGAGCAACAACUUCAAGAAAGGGCACAGCAGGCUCGACAGCGUUAUGCUAUGAAAAUAGAGAAUCAGACAACUUCCAACCUGCCACCUAGUCAUGUCCAAAAUGGAGAAUCUGAGAAAGAGACCACAAUGGAAGAAACAGUUCAACUGCUGGAAUCUGACAGUAAGUGCCAUGAUAGGGAAAAUGACAAUGAACAUGUUUUCGUGGCGUUUGCACGUGUGUUCAGUGGAGCUGUUCGUCAAGGUCAACGCCUUUAUGUGCUUGGUCCAAAGCAUGAUCCAGGAGUUGCAUUGAUUCAGAACAAUGGGGAAAGUGUAGGUGACAGUGUACGCCAGUUGAGCAGCGAGCAGCACAUCACAUCCUUCAUAGUCCAGGAUCUUUACAUGUUCAUGGGUAGAGAAUUGGAGCAGCUGGAUUGUGUAUUGGCUGGAAAUGUUCUUGGUAUAGGUGGACUAGAGAAUCACAUACUGAAGUCAGCAACAAUUUCUUCUACAGUUGCUUGCCCUGCUUUUACAGACAUGUAUUUUGAUGCUGCACCUAUCAUGCGUGUGGCUGUGGAGCCAGUGUCACCUAGUGACAUGUCAAGAUUGGUUGAGGGGCUGCGGCUCCUGAAUCAGGCAGACCCCUGUGUUCGUGUACUACUGCAGGAGACGGGAGAGCAUGUCAUUGUCACGGCAGGUGAGGUUCAUCUGCAGCGAUGCAUCGACGAUCUCAGGGAAAGAUAUGCGAGAGUGGAGAUUAAUGUGUCGAAGCCAAUAGUGCCAUUUCGAGAGACUAUCAUUCCAAAACCACGAGUGGACAUGGUGAAUGAGGCAAUCCAGGACCAAAACACACCUCUGAAAGUGGGUGGUCAGAAGGACUUUGAGAAUGAUGAGGAGGUGGUUGGUGAGGGUUUGGUGGAAAUUUACACCCCAAACCAGUUGUGUAUGAUUCGAAUCUGCGCUGUGCCUCUGCCACUGGGUGUGGUGGAUUGCAUCCUUCGGCAUCAAGAAGUUAUCAAAACUCUGGACGCAAUGGCAGCUCAGUGUGCUGGUCAAAACUCUGAUCUCCAGACAGGUUUUCAGGUUCAAGAGACAGCAAGACGAGAGCUGAAAACUCUACACCAAGAGCUGCAAAGAGAAUUUGAGUUGGCUGGUUCCGAUUGGACGAAUACUAUUGACCAUAUAUGGUCAUUCGGCCCUCGCCGUAACGGACCCAACAUUCUGCUUAAUAGAAUACCAGGCUACAAACGCCUUUCUGUGUGGAGCACAAUGGAAGCAAACAAACUUGAUGAAGCAGGUGCAGCCACUUCUGAGAUCAGGCAGUACGACAGCAGCAUCAUUGCAGGGUUUCAGAUGGCCACCCAGGCCGGACCAUUGUGUGAGGAGCCCAUGCAUGGGGUGUGUUUCAUUAUCGAAGAAUGGAAAUACCUAGAUGAGGACGAUGUGCCUUCUGUGAAAGACAUUCAUAUCUCCGAGUUUACUAAAGAACACACAGAUAACAGUUCCCUCUCUUCCUCGUCACACGUGGAACAUACAACUAGUGUCAAAUCUUCGACUGACGAAGCGGCGAAUGCAGGCGAAAAGAGAGAGAGAAGACGAAAGAAAGAUGUGUUUGGUCCAAUGUCGGGCCAGCUCAUGUCGGUGGUCAAGGACGGGUGUCGCAAAGCCUUUCAGACUAUGCCGCAGCGUCUGAUGGUGGCGAUGUAUCGGUGCACCAUUCAGGCCACCACUGACGUGCUUGGCAAACUCUAUGCGGUAAUUGGAAAGCGCAAUGGUCGGGUGAUUGCCGAAGAACUGAAAGAGGGAACACAGGUAUUUAACAUCAAAGCCGAGUUCCCCAUCGUGGAGAGCUUUGGUCUGGCUGAGGAGAUGAGAAAGCGAACGUCGGGUCUGGCUAAUCCACAACUUUCCUUCAGUCACUGGGAGGUUCUGGAUGUAGACCCAUUCUGGGUGCCGUCGACGGAGGAGGAGUACAUGCUGUACGGCGAGAAGGCAGACAGCGAGAACCGCGCGCUUGUCUACAUGAACGAGGUGCGGCGCCGCAAGGGCCUGAGGGUCGACGAGAAAAUCGUGGAGUUUGCCGAAAAGCAGCGGACCUUAACACGCAAAAAGUGAUUUCGGCCUCUGAUUUGAAUGACAUGCGUGCAGCUGAAUACCUUGUAUACAUGGAGAGAGUAUGUGUGCACGGAGCAGGCACUCGUUGUGUGCACGUAGUAAAUGAGAAGUGUGUGUGUGCAUGGAGCAAGGAAUGAGGCAAAGAAUGUUCAGAGCAAAAAUGAUGGAGUCUGCCAUUAAGCUAUAUUAUGCAUAAAAGGGAGUUUGAAAUAGAAGUUACCACGAAGAAAGGUGAUGUGAAUGUGAUGUGUUCUCAUGGUAAUCUAAAAUCUUGGCGCGGUUCGUUGGGUUUUGUCAAUUGAGAUUGCGGUCUUUGUAGUUCAGUUUAAUAAAAAUAAAAGAAACUACAAACGAAA